AAGGCUAAAGGUCUUGCAAAAUGAUAACUCUCAGGAGGGAUGGCAGUUAAAGCGGCGUUAAACUGUGCUAAUUCCACAGUGUAGAUGCAGCCCAGGCUUUGAAUCCCAUCUCAGUCAAAGGUACCAAUUGUGUGACCUUACGCAAGUCACACUCUCUCAGCCUCAGAGGCUAGAUAGAUGAGUAGAUAGAUAAAUAGAUAGAUGAAUAGAUGAAUAGAUAAAUAGAUAGAUAGAUGAAUAGAUAGAUAGAUGAAUAGAUAAAUAAAUAGAUAAAUAGAUAGAUAGAUAGAUAGAUAGAUGAAUAGAUAGAUAGAUAGAUAGAUGAAUAGAUAAAUAAAUAGAUAAAUAGAUAGAUAGAGAAAUAGGUAGAUAGAUAAAUGGAUAAAUAGAUAAAUGGAUAGAUAGAUAGAUAGAUAGAUAGAUAGAUAGAUAGAUAGAUAGAUAAAUGGAUAGAUAGAUAAGUGGAUAGAUAGAUAGAUAGAUAGAUAGAUAGAUAGAGAAAUAGGUAGAUAGAUAAAUGGAUAGAUAGAUAAAUGAAUAGAUAGAUAGAUAGAUAGAUAGAUAGAUAGAUAGAUAGAGAAAUAGGUAGAUAAAUGGAUAGAUAGAUAAAUGGAUAGAUAGAUAGAUAGAUAGAUAGAGAAAUAGGUAGAUAGAUAAAUGGAUAGAUAGAUAGAUAGAUAGAUAGAUAGAUAGAUAGAUAGAUAGAUAGAGAAAUAGGUAAAUAGAUAAAUGGAAAGAUAGAUAAAUGGAUAGAUAGAUAAAUGGAUAGAUAGAUAGAUAGAUAGAUAGAGAAAUAGGUAGAUAGAUAAAUGGAUAGAUAGAUAAAUGGAUAGAUAGAUAGAUAGAUAGAUAGAUAGAUAGAUAGAUAGAGAAAUAGGUAGAUAGAUAAAUGCAUAGAUAGAUAAAUGGAUAGAUAGAUAAAUGGAUAGAUGGAUGGAUGGAUGGAUGGAUGGAUGGAUAGAUGGAUGGAUGGAUAAAUAGAUAGAUAGAUAGAUAGAUAGAUAGAUAGAUAGAUAAGUAGAUAGAUUGUGUGACCUUGUGCAAGUCACACUCUCUCAGCCUCAGAGGAAAGCAAUGACAAAUCUCUGCAGAAGGUGUGAACCAUCCCAUGACUCAAUAGCAUUGAAGGAUAGUAGUUAAAGCAGCGUUAAACUGUGCUAAUUCCACAGUGUAGAUACAGCCCAGGCUUCGAAUUGUGUCUCAGCCAAAAGAACCCAUUGUGUGACCUUGAGCUAGUCACACUCUCUCAGCCUCAGAGGAAAGCAAUGGCAGAAGGUGGGAGCCAUCCCAUGACUCUAUAGCAUUGAGGGAUGGCUUUUAAAGUGGUGUUAAACUGUGUUAAUUCCACAGUGAAGAUGCAACCCAGGCGUCAAAUAUCGUCUCAGCCAAAAGAACCCAUUGUGUGACCUUGAGCAAGUCACACACUCUCAGCCUCGAUGGCAAAUCUCUGCAGAAGGUGGGAGCCAUUCCAAUUCAAGACAUUUCCCAAGUUUUUGGACAGCUCCUUUCCUCUUUUUUGCUCUGCUUUAUUCAGAAAGACAGGCAGGGUGUGCAAUUUUUUUACAACGCACUCAAUAGAGAGGGUCUUUUUUAAAACAAAAAGAUACGGGAGAUUUGUCAAAAUUGUGUUGCCAUGGCAUUCAGAUGACUUUUAAAAACUGCUCAUUGAUUGGCAGGUAGAGGGAGCAAUGGCCUUGUGCAGGAGGCGGGCUGAUGGAAGCCAAUUGGCCGAGGAAAGGGCUGGGAGGCUAGUUCACCUUGGCUGCUCUGCAUUUCUGCAAUUUGGGUGAUGGAAAGGGGUUGAAAAAUCAUCGCUGGGGGGAGGAUUGAAAUGUAGAGCCUUCGUUGAUCUGCGUUAUGGACUAUAUGAAAAUAUGCUUGGUAUUCCUUGACCAAAAUGCUUGGGAUCUGAUGUAGAUUUUUCUAGAAUCUUUCCACAUAUGGAUUCUCCUAACGUUUCACCUGCAUCUGUGGCUAAUGUCGUCUUCAAAAGUUCUGUUGGCAAUGAGGCAAGUGGGGUGUAUUCAUAUUGGUGGAAGAAAGAACCCUUGCCUGGGUCCACAAGCACGUGAACAACAGAAAAGAGGAAACCAUGAAAAUGAACAAAAUCUGGUUACCAGUAUUUUUUUUAAAAAACCAAAAUCAAGGCAGUAAAUAAUGAACACCGCUCAGAAACAGUCACAAUCUAGACAACAAGCAAUCUGGGGCCAGUUAACAUCUCCCAAAUAGAGGAUGCCUCCAGGCAACAACAGCCAGGCUACCUCUGUGCAGAUAGAUACCCUUCUAAUUGACUUUGCAGCUUCAUGGCUACUCAUGGUAUUUAUUCAUAGAAGCCAGUGGUUUCCAAACUUAUUUGGCUUACUGCCCCCUUUCCGGAAAAAAUAUUACUCAGCACCCCCUGGAAAUUAAUUUUUUUAAAAUUUAUAAUAGCAAUAGUACUGAUUUACGGCUACAGCACGAGGAUUUUGGAUGUAUGGAUUUUUAACCAUAUAUUUUAUAUUUUUAUAUUUUUUUAAUUGCUUUAAUUGGAUUUUUAUUGUUAUGUUUUAAUUAUGUGUAGGCAUCGAAUUGUUGCCAAUUGUGUACGCCGCCCUGUGUCCCUUUGGGUGAGAAGGGCGGGAUAUAAAUGUUUGAAAUAAAUAAAUAAAUAAAUAAAUAAAAACAAAGAUAUAUGUAUUAAGCAUAUGGCAAAUGCACCUGUGGCCAUCACCGCCCCCUGGAUCACUGCGGUGCCCACCAGGGGGCGGUAGCGCCCACUUUGGGAAUCACAGAUAUAAGCAUUAAUCCAUUUAAUCAUUCGUGAAUAUAUUUGUGUGUAUGAUGCAUGUGAAUCUAUGUUUAUAUUUAGGUAAAAGUAAAGGUUUCCCCUGACAUUAAGUCCAGUCGUGACCGACUCUGGGGGUUGGUGCUCAUCUCCAUUUCUAAGCCCAAGAGCCGGCAUUGUCCAUAGACACCUUCAAAGUCAUGUGGCUGGCAUGACUGCAUGGAGUACAGUUACCUUCCUGCCGGAGCAGUACCUAUUGAUCUACUCACAUUUGCAUGUUUUCAAACUGCUAGGUUGGCAGAAGCUGGGGCUAACAGUGGGCGCUCAUUCUGCUCCCCGGAUUUGAACCUGCAACCUCUUGGUCUGCAAGUUCAGCAGCUCAGCGCUUUAACACACUGCGCCACCAGGGGCCCUAUGUUUAUAUUUAAAAGGUAAAGGUUUCCCCUGACGUUAAGUCCAGUCGUGACCAACUCUGGGGGUUGGUGCUCAUCUCCAUUUCUAAACCCAAGAGCCGGCAUUGUCCAUAGACACCUCCAAGGUCAUGUGGCCGACAUGACUGCAUGGAGCGCCGUUACCUUCCCGACAGAGCAGUACCUAUUGAUCUACUCACAUUUACAUGUUUUCGAACUGCUAGGUUGGCAGAAGCUGGGGCUAACAGUGGGCGCUCAUUCUGCUCCCGGAUUCGAACCUGCAACCUUUUGGUCCGCAAGUUCAGCAGCUCAGCGCUUUAACACACUGCGCCACCGAGGGACCUAUGUUUAUAUUUACAUCCUCCAAAAUUGGGAGCAGGAUUUGCAGUAAACUUGAGUCUUAGCUCCAACAGGAAAGGGAAACAGGAGUGAGAGCAAAAGGGAAGGAAACAGAGGUUCAAGCAAAAACAAUACUGAUUAUUAUUCUCCCCUUUACCGUUCUGCAUGCUAUUCACAGCCGGGCUUAUAUUCCUUGCUCUAGUUAAAGUCCUUUCAGGAGGGAAGCUGCAUAAAUACUGUAUAUACUUGAGUAUAAGCCUAGUUUUUCAGCCCUUUUUUUAGACUGAAAAAGCCCCCCUCGGCUUAUACUCGGGUGAGGGUCCUGGUUGGCUUAUAUUUGGGUCAGCUAAUACUCAAGAAUAUAUGUUACAUUUAUUAUUAUUCUCUAUUAUUGUUACUACUGUUACAUUUAUUUUACUAUAUUUUUUAUUAUUACAGUAGAGUCUCACUUAUCCAACAUAAACGGGCCGGCAGAAUGUUGGAUAAGCGAAUAUGUUGGAUAAUAGGGAGAGAUUAAGAAAAAGCCUAUUAAACAUCAAAAUAUGCUAUGAUUUUACAAAUUAAGCACCAAAACAUCAUGUUAUACAACAAAUUUGACAGAAAAAGUAGUUCAUUACACAUUAAUACUAUGUAGUGAGUGUUGGAUAAGUGAGACUCUACUGUACUGUAAAUAAAUAAAUAAAUAGAUGUGUAGAUACUACACUGACCAUUUAUUGCAGUUUCAAACUGGUAUUGCAGAUGAUUACAUAGGAAAGCCUGAAGUCAGUUUAAGGUCUGGAUGGCACUUACGCAAACCACAGCGCAUUGAUGUGAUAUAGGGGCUUGACAAUACUUCUGCAAAAUGAGGUUAUGGAUAUAUUUAAAUGGCGCUUGCUGUAUGUUUUUAAAUUAUUUUAUUUGAUAUGUUAAUUGGGUUUUUGUAUCAGGAUAUGAUGCUUUAACUGAUUAUGUAUCGUAGUCGGAUGUAUUUGUAUGAAAUUUAUAUGUUUUAGGCUGCUUUGAAUCCCAACCAUGGGAGAAAAGUGGGAUAAAUACCUUGCUGUGUAGACUUAAAAUAUGGAUAAUUUUUUUCAUGUCAGGAGCGACUUGAGAAACUGCGUCGCUUCUGGUGUGAGAGAAUUGGCCGUCUGCAAGGAUGUUGCCCCGGGGACGCGUGGAUAUUUUACCAUCCUGUGGGAGGCUUAUCUCAUGUCCCCACAUGGGAAGCUAGAGCUGACAGAUGGGAGCUCACCCCGCUCCCUGACCUUUCGGUCAGCAGUCAUGCCGGCACAAGGGUUUAAUAAUAAAAAUAAUAAUAAUAAUAAUAAUAAUAAUAAUAAUAAUAAUAAUAAUAAUAAUAAGUUUAUUUAUAUCCCGCCUCCAUCUCCCCUGAAGGGGACUCGGGGCAGCUUACAGCAAAAUCAAAAUACAGUAGAGUCUCACUUAUCUAACAUAAACGGGCUGGCAGAACGUUGGAUAAGCGAAUAUGUUGGAUAAUAAGGAGAGAUUAAGGAGAAGCCUAUUAAACAUCAAAUUAGGUUAUGCUUUUACAAAUUAAACACCUAAACAUCAUGUUAUGCAACAAAUUUGACAGAAAAAAUAGUUCAAUACGCAGUAAUGUUAUGUAGUAAUUACUGUAUUUACGAAUUUACCACCAAAAUAUCACGAUGUAUUGAAAACAUUGACUUCAAAAAUACGUUGGAUAAUCCAGAACGUUGGAUAAGUGAGACUCUACUGUAAUAAUAAUAAUAAUAAUAAUAAUAAUAAUAAUAAUAAUAAUAAGUUUAUUUAUAUCCCGCCUCCAUCUCCCCCAAAGGGGACCUGGGGCGGCUUACAGCAAAAUCAAAAUACAAGCAAUGAUAAAAUAUGAAACAUCAAAGGACAACAAUAAAAACCAAUAAUAAAAUAUGCACAAUAGGCGAAAAUACAUAACACAGAAUUGAAACAUCAAAUUAAAAACAACGAGGUUGCAAUAGUGGAUAAGCAAGGUGCACAUUAUGAGUAACAAAUUCGUAAAUAGAUAAAGUGCAUUAGAAUCAUUUAAGGUCACAUUAGGUCAUAUUAACCCAUUGCAUUACCGGGGUCUCCGAAUAUGGGUGAUGCGGUCACAAAGUUUCAGUUUUGUUUCAUUUGUUAUCAGAAUCCGCAGCUCUCCGGGCAAUGAUGGGAGAAUUUUUCCACAGUCCCCAAUUUACUUAGGUUAUUUGUAGUUUUUCAGUUGUUUUCCUAAAGUUUGCAAAGUCGAAAGAGUGCAGGAACAAUUGUGCAAAAACAGCCCCCAGUCGCCUGAAAACUAAACAUACAGGGACUCGUUCUCCCUGUUCCCAGGGCUUUGUAGAUAGGAAGGAAGACGGGGACAGGCCAAUGACAAUGGGCCAGCAGGAGUCGAGUCAAACAGCCAAUUCCUGGUGAUUUCCUCUCCACCGAGGGCCAGAGAAAGUGGAGGAGGACUAGAAUCAGGCCGACGGACUGGGAACAAAAGGGGAAACUCCCUCUCUGGGUCCAGUCCUGAGAUGGAAGCAUGAAUGCCACGCAACCCACCUAAAGUUGCUUGGUUGAUACUUGGCUCCUGUUUUUGGAGCAGUGAGAGAGUCAAAGGAGAGUUUUGUCAUACAUUACUCUGAAUUUAUUUGAUUUCUAGUGGAUACUUUGAGACUGUUGCUGUUGGAGAGCAUAGGAACCAUGCUUAUGUCUUGGCACAAAGCAGCCACUUCUAACUUAGAUCCAGAUGUGAAGAAGCCCACCCCACCGAAGCUCCUAUGGCAUCAACCGAUCAAUAUCUUCUUGGCCCGGCCUGUUGGCAUGGAAGAGCUGCACCACGAAGCGGAGCUCAACCUCCAGAGCAUGCUCCAAGAGGAGCACGAAGAGCCAUAUGCUGAAGGCCGAGUCAGUGGGCAGACCUUCCGCUACAGCAGCCCCCUCUCUCCAGAAAGGCCCCUUGACUGCAGCCCUCGGCCCCCAUCCGCCAAACGCCUUGAGUUUGUGUACAUGCCUUCAAACCAGCAAGUGAAGGAGAGCGAGUCCACCUCUCUGGGGGUCAGGCCCGUGGAACCUUCCCUUAGUUUGCCUGCGACUCCCAACAGACACACAGCCUGGGGCCGGAGCAGUGCUUUGCCUUCCUUGGACGAGAAGAAGGUGCACCAGCCGUGUUCAACCCAAGCUAACAUUGUCCCCAUCAACGUCUCUGGCCAGCCAUUCGCCAGACACGCAAGUGCACGCCAUUCUCUCUUUAACACGGAGACCGCGAUGAAUCCCAAGUCUUUGCUGCGACGGAGGCGGACGGUCAUCGGUUUUCCUCAUCUCACCAUGCGAGACCAAGGCAACAGCAACGGCCCUGUUCACAACCCUCCGGCAACCAUAGCUGAGUCCGUUUCCUGCAACUUUGUCCCCGAUGUUGUCAAUGGGAGAAGCACCACUCACCACGUCCGGUCCCCUCAACCCCGGCCGCAGCUGAGGAAGACCUUCAGUGACCUUGGGGGAGCUCUUCAGGGACGGUGUUGCCCGGUGCCCGCUGGGCAUGCAGAAAACCCCAGGGUGAUGUAUGCCAGUCCUUCGUGCAAUGGCCCCAAGGAGGACCCGGUCUUCUCUCCUGCUUGGAGUGCAGCCUCUUUCGGCUACGUGAGCCCCUCCAUGAGCCAAAGCGAGCUGGCGGCAGAGAGCGUGACUCCGUUGUCUCCGUGCAGCCCCAAGGGAACCCCAGACUCUGACCAAGCCGCCUCCUUCUUCAUCAGCAAAGACCUGGCGGUCGGAAACAACGGGUCUGGGUCCUUCUGCACUUCUCCUGAGUCCUCCAUCCCUGCCGACGGAGGCUCAAGUUGUGGGGAAAGAAACGGCAAGGCCCAUUUGGUCCUCCUCAGCCCAGCGGAAGAGGACUGCCCACAAGUGGAGAGGGGGAGGAUCACGUGCCGGUUCCGCGAAAGGUCUCUCUCGGUCCCUACCGACACGGGCUCCCUGUGCUCUGUGGACAUUGGGGGCAGCGAGACCUUUGGGCUGAGCUAUCCCAGCGCGAGUUCUGAAGGCAGCACGAGCACAGACAACGUCUCGCUGUCGGUGGAGCAGGAGGCUCAGGCACAGCAACGGCGGCAGCGCACCAAGAGCAUCUCGCUCAAGAAGGCCAAGCGGAAGCCCUGCCCGCCGACCCGCAGCGUCUCUCUGAUCAAGGAUGUGCAAGAGGAGAUGGCGGAGAUGGAUGACGAGGCCGGGACGGAGGAUCAGCGCCCGCAAAGCCUGUUUUUGCUUCCUGACGUGCAGGUCCACGGCCAAGGUGACGCAUCCAGGGAGCUGGAAAGUGUGCCGUACACCCAGCAGUGGUACAUGCCAGAGUGGAGCUCCAGCGAGCCCUAUUGCUCUCUUUCUGGCUCCAGCACCACCACCGGGGCCACCAUGAUUGAGCUUUCCAAAACACAAGGCAGCUCCGAGUCCCUCCCUUCGCCCUCCAUCUCGCGGGCCACCACGCCGUCCCAGCUCUCCGCUGAAGUGAAUUUGAAAACCUCCUCCCCAGGGAGGCCAACGGGCGUGAUGUCUCCUUCCAGCGGCUACUCCAGCCAGUCUGAGACCCCAACCCCAACCGUCCCAACCUCGCUGGUCCUCGGACAUACUCCGCACCAGACCGGGCGGACGAGACCCCUUGUGCCUGAGAGGAAGUCCUCGCUGCCCCCCGUCUCUCCCCUGGAGCAGAGCCCCAAGUCGCGCCUCUCCUUCGACCUGCCGUUCGCGCCACCAACACACCUGGAUCUUUCAGGGCUGAAGAUCUCGCGCAAAGCCAAGGCCAAAGUGAGCCGGCACCAUUCAGACUCCACCUUCGGAACCAAGCUGGGCCCAAAGCUGAGCCCCGUGCAGCCUGUCAUGCCCAUGGUGACGCAGCUGGACCUCCGCUCUGUCCGCCUGCGCUCCAUCAGCCGCUCCGAGACAGAGGACAACCUGGAGAGCCCUGAACCUGUGGAGGAGCCCGGAAAGAAGAUCCGGCCACCCGUGGCAGAGAAGCCACCCCUCUCACGGCGACCCCCGAUGCUCCUACAUAGGACCCCGCCGGUCCAGGAGGAGUCUCCCACGGGCUCUCCAACAUCUCCAUUGACACCACAGCAUGCCAUUCCUGAAGACAACAUCUACAUGGUGGCCAGGAGACCUGAGCACCACCAGUGGGACACAGACGCCUGGGGUCCCGUGGAGUCGCCCUCCCCGGGCGGAGCAGUCUCUCCCGGACGGGGCCCCCCAGGCACAUUUUUCACUCCUGUACGGCAGUUAUCUGAGGACAGCCUGGAGGAGGAUGAAGAGAUGAAGCUCAAGCUUCUGGGAGAGAGGACGCCUGGAGAGGAGAGCCGCAAAACCAAAGUCCCGCCCCCUGUCCCCAAGAAGCCCAGCAUGCUUUACUUGCCACUGGUGGCCUCCCCACUCCACCCAGGAGCCUGUGCGGGGGACACAAGACUGGACAUCAGCCCUGUUAUGGGAGAUGAGAACUCUGCCUACCCCAGACUCACCACCUGCAAGGUCUCAUCCCCUGCGGCCAGUGAGCCAAAUGGCAGCUCAACCACUACAGAUGGAUCUUGGGAGGACUUUUCAGGGAAUUCCGUGGACUUGAGAGCCGAAGAGAAGCGCUUUGUCAGCGACAAAACAGCUGAGUCUAUAACAGAGGAGGAGGACGAUGUGUUCAUGACAUCCCGAACCACCGAGGAUUUAUUUACUGUCAUUCACAGGUCCAAGCGGAAGCUACUGGGGUGGAAGGAACCCAGCGAUGCCUUUGGCAACCGGAUGAAUUCCCAGAUGCCCUCCAAAAAUGCCGGAGGGUCCCUGAGCAGCGACAACAUUUCGGGCAGCACAAGGGCCUCCCACAAGAACGAAGACUUCAAGGCUCUCCUGCAGAAGAAAGGCGGGAAGGGCGCCUCCGGCACCCGCACAUCCGCGGCCGAAUUGCUCAAGAGCACCAACCCUUUGGCGCGGAGGGUCAUGACGGAGUUUACUGUGGACGGGACCAUCCAAAGCCCGAAGACCCAGCCGUGAGUCGGGUGGGAGGAAGGAAGCCUUGUCUCUUCCCACAGGCUCUAAGCCACCCCCAGGUUGGUCUUCGGGGUGAAAAUACUUCCCUUUGGGAGUUUUGCCAAAACCAGUCUUUGUCCGUUUGCUGGCCAUGAUUAACACCGUCGUGGUUCUUACUUCUGGGACAGGGAGACAGACUCCGGAUAUUUUUUUUAAGUGUCUUAAAUGUAGAGCACACCCAUCCCUUAUGGAAACAGCUGCACAUCUUUGCUUUCGAGGAGAGAAGCUUAGUUGGUCGGAAGAAGUCCCUGUGACAUGGAUGUUCCUGUGACGGGGCAAUGACAGGUUGAUGUCCCAUGUGCCAUCAUCUUCCUCAGUUGCAUGAAGAGCGGAAUAUUCUUCUCUCUCUCUCAUUUUCAGGGCUUCCGAGUCCCUCUCCGCAGUGAAGCUCAUUUGGAACUGUUCGGUUUCUUCGGCAUGUGGUACUUCCAGUGCUUGUACGAUACAAUAUACAUCUGUCGUGGCUUCUUUUGUUUUGAAAAUUUUUACCCUAAGAAUCAGAUCUAAUCCUUUCUUUGUGUUAGUUUCGAUUUCCAAGUGUUUGAAGGUUGCAAACUGGCCACUUAGGAAGACAAUGCAGGUGUCCUUCAAACCAAGAAACUCUGUUGCUUUAGAUAGUUGCUUUAGUUGAUAUCCGAUGCUCAUCCACAAAACAGGGCUGGUGCAUAUGUAUUGCCAGGGCCAAAGCUCAUUGGUUUAUUAUCCAGUGGUCCAAUAGUCCAGAAAUUGCCAAAUCCUCCGUAUUGGUUCCAUCAUCCAUGGACCAUCCUAUUGUGAUGGUAACCCCAAAUGUAAGAAAUAUGGGGUGUAUUUUUUUAAUAUUGUCAAAUUAUUGAAGCCAAACUCAGUCAUACAACUGCCCAUCCUCAUAAUUCUACAGAACCUAUAGUAGAUCCAUUAAGAGCAAAACAUAAUGUGGUUCUUUAGAGUUCCUGAGCUGCAGCAUUUGUGUUACAGGAAUGGAUUCUAUCUAGAUCAGGCAUGGGCAAACUUGACCUUCCGUCCAGGUGUUUUGGACUUCAAUUCCCACAAUUCUUGGCCUUAGCCUCACUUGAAGAUCAAAACACUUGGAGGGACGAAGUUUGCCCAUGCCUGGCCUAGAUACACUCGGUGGUGGGACCCUUUGGGGGCUUUUAUCUGGUGCAAGACUUAAAAUGUCCUAAAUGGCCUUUUGUUGGUCAUCAUUUAGAAAAGGGCUGACUGUGUCUGUGGUGGAAUCAAUAGUAUGUUAGUCUUGAGCCCCAUCUGCACUGCCAUAUAAUGCUGCUUAAUGUCAUUGAUUUCAUUAUAUGAGUCUACACUACCACACAGCAAAAGGACAGGGUUUGGUUUUAGCACAGCGUAACUUUUCUGAUUACCAAAUAGUGCCCCUAUUUAAGCAAGAAAAUAUCUAUAAAGUAGGAAACAAAAAUCAACUACAGUAGAGUUCCGGUUAUCCGACAUAAACAGAGUCCCCGGUGGUGUAGUGGAUUAAAACCUUGUGACUUGAAGGUUGGGUUGCUGAUCUGGAAGCUACCAGAUUCGAACCCCUCCUUUAUUAUCCAACAUUUUCACUUAUCCAAUGUUCUGCCGGCCCGUUUAUGUUGGAUAAGUGAGCCUCUGCUGUAUACCCUAUCUAUCUAUAUAAAAAAAUAUCUAUCUAUCUAUCUAUCUAUCUAUCUAUCUAUCUAUCUAUCUAUCUAUCUAUCUAUCUAUGCUAUCCAUAUAUUUAUAUCUGCUAUCCAGGAGCCUCCGGUGGCCUAGGGGAUAAAAGCCUAGUGACUUGAAGGUUGGGUUGCUGAUCUGAAAGCUGCCAGGUUCAAAUCCCACCCGGAGAGAGUGUGGAUGAGCUCCCUCUAUCAGCUCCAGCUCCAGCUCCAUGCGGAGACAUGAGAGAAGCCUCCCAUAAGGAUGGUAAAAACAUCAAAACAUCUGGGCAAUGUCCCCUGGCCAACGUCCUUGCAGACGGCCAAUUCUCUCACUCCAGAAGUGACUUGAAGUUUCUCAAGUCGCUCCUGACACGGAAAAAAAAAAGAAAACAGGCAGGCUGAAUGUCGGAUAAUUGAAACUGUUGGAUAAUAGGGAGGCCCUACUAUCCCUCCCAGAAAGCCAGGUGUUUUCAAGGAGGGAAAAGUCUGCAGUGUUGGGCAUCCGCUGGGAGGCGCGAGAUUCUGGUGUGUCGGAUAAUACGGUGUGUCGGAUAAGCAGAAGUCGGAUAACCAGAACUCUACUGUAUACUAUCUUUAGUUACACAUAAUAGGCAUGUAAAGAGGACCCCAUUUUAUUUGACUCUGAAUCCAGCUGUCUGCAAUUCAGGGCACCCACUUCCAAUAUACUCAGUCUAAUGCAGGGUUUAAAUAGUAUUUCAAUCUCUCCGUCGCUCUCUUUCACUGGCUAAAUCUUGCCUUGUUGCCAGCAACAGCUGUGUCUCAAGAGGCACUGUCUCUUUCAGCCGGACUCCUGGUCCUUGUAAACGGCCCACAAAUCAUGUUGCAAAGUAGUGUUUCCCAAGACAGGACUUUCCAGAUGUCUUGGCUUGUAUGCUUGUGCUAGAGAGGAAUGCGUUGUAAAGGGGCGGAGAACGAUCUUCCCCUUGCCGUGCUUCAAGCACAUCCCAAAACGUGCCCCAAAGGGCUGUAAAACACUCCAGAACGGGUUUUCCAGCCCUCCAGGGAGGAGACUGAAAUCCCAGCGAUGCCCAUUGGCGUCAUGUUGGAUUUCGGUCCAACUUUGAUGUUUCGCAUUAAUGACGAGAGUUGGAGCCCAGCCCUUGAGAAAUGUUACUGUAAAUUGGGUUGAAGGGUGGAAACAUGAGUUAUGAGUUGCUUUGCUGCAGUGCUGUUUUAGCUAUCUUGAUGUCCUGCAUCUUAACACUGAGUGCCAAUAUUCUGUGUGCCAAAGAGGUGGAAUUUCAUGAUAUCAUGACAAAUUGUUAUAUAUGGAUUAGGGAGGGGAAAAAUUGGAAAAUCUGAAUUACAAAGUGGCUAGAAAUUGUCUUUGGAUCUGUAUUAUAUGAUUAGUGUAUACCAGGCAUGGGCAAACUUGGGCCCUCCAGGUGUUUUGGACUCCAACUCCCACAAUUCCUAACAGCCUACCGGCUGUUAGGAAUUGUGGGAGUUGGAGUCCAAAACACCUGGAGGGCCCAAGUUUGCCCAUGCCUGGUGCAGACUCAUACAAUGCAGUUUAAUAUGAGAGUGUGUGACCACGUCUUCAUAAUUUGGUUAGCUCUCAAACAUAAUGAUAACUAAACAUAGCUGUCUAUUCUAAACAAUAUCUGAGAAAUAUGCACCAUGAUAAAGGUUCAAAGCAUAGAACACAAUAUGUAUAUUAGACCAUCAUAUACAUAAUAAUGUUAACAAUAAUACAAAUAUUACAACUGAUGACCAAAUUCAGUCAGCUGUAGUGACACACAGUUGUAACUUACAGAGUAUAAACUUUAUACUCUGUAAGUUACACAGUUGUAACUUACAGAGUAUAAAGAUUUAUAGACUGCAAUCAUCCAGAUUUAAAUGCUACACAGAGCAGUUUUCAGUAUAAAACAUAUACAUAUAAACUUAUAAAACAUAUUUAUUGUCAACAAACUGAAGCUACGGCUAAUUGACUGCAUUUACAUCCUGAGGAGUCCUAUAGAAUUGCUCCAAGACUUCAGAGACUUUGAUUUGUUUUGACUCCAAACCAGGUUUGAGCCAAUUGAUUUGUACACUGAUAUAUUUAGUUAGCAUAUUACAUUUUGGAGAGACUGAAUGUGAACAUAUUGUGUCGCUAACAAAUUUCAGUUGGAAUCUGGUUGAUAUAUGUUUUAUACUGAAAACUGCUCUGUGUAGCAUUUAAAUCUGGAUGAUUGCAGUCUAUAAAUCUUUAUACUCUGUAAGUUACUACUCUGUAAGUUACGACUGUGUGCCACUACAGCUGACUGAAUUUGGUCAUCAGUUGUAUUAUUUGUAUUAUUGUUAACAUUAUUAUGUAUAUGAUGCUCUAAUAUACAUAUUGUGUUAUAGAAUCAUAGAAUCAUAGAAUAGUAGAGUUGGAAGAGACCUCAUGGGCCAUCCAGUCCAACCCCCUGCUAAGAAGCAGGAAAUCGCAUUCAAAGCACCCCUGACAGAUGGCCAUCCAGCCUCUGUUUAAAAGCCUCCAAAAAAGGAGCCUCCACCACAGUCUGGGGCAGAGAGUUCCACUGUCGAACAGCUCUCAUAGUGAGGAAGUUCUUCCUGAUGUUCAGGUGGAAUCUCCUUUCCUGUAUUCUAUGCUUUGAACCUUUAUCGUGGUGCAUAUUUCUCAGAUAUAGCUCUCAAACAUCUCCGCAAGUUCUGCCGAACUCACCUUGCCUGCAUCCCUAAUCCUAUCCAGAUUUUAAUAGUAGCUGCCUUGUUAUUGAAGAUGGAUGAAUUCUGGAUAUGGCAGAUUAAUGAAUUAGCAAUAAUCGAGUCACUUUUAGUGGGGUCAAACAGUUCUUACAGGAUUUUAGCUUUUGCAUCUCAUUCUUCGGACCAAUUACCUUCCUUUUUUUUAUUAGCUUGUUCCCAAGAUUUUUCUCCAUGGCCUUCCUCCUUUAGUAAAGGCUGAGGCCAAAACCAGCAGGGAGAUUUUGCACCCAGUCAAGGCCGGUCUCUCAUUCCUUUCUGGAGUGCUUUGAUGGCCUCAGAGAGAGCCAAGCUCCUUUCUAUUAAUAUUCUUUUGUCUCCCAGGAGGUGGUACCUGCCACUUCUGCUCAGAUGAAGCAGGACUUGCUUUAAAAACGCGGCUGUGCCUCAAUUCCGUGGCUUCGCUUGGCUUUAAUUACAUGUUCCUCCAGCCGUUGCCAUGGAUUUCCACAAUCAGGGUUGCAAUUAAUGUUCCAGCUCAGAGGCUUCAUUGAUCGUUGAGAUGACUCCCCUCCACCGCAGGCACGGUUCGGGUUCUGCUUUUCUCCAAUGUUUAGAAGGAUUCUUAUGGAGGAGAGCCACUUUUUUGGAAGGCCUUAUUAGCAUGGUGUUUCAAUCCCAUUCCUCCCAGUUUCAGACCUGUGCUGGAUUGGGAUGGAUCCAGCAAGUAAUGGAUAUUACUCCCUUCCAGAAAGAAGGAGCUCUGGCUUCUCAAGUUUGGGCUAAAGAUAGAGUGAUUUUGUAGAGUAAAAAGCUUAUGCAGAUGACUUUUUUAUCAUAUCAUAAGCGACGAGAACAUACUGGUGUGAGAGAAUUGGCCGUCUACAGCAGUGGUUCCCAACCUUUGGACCUCCAGGUGUUUUGGACUUCAGCCCCCAUAGUUCCUAACAAUUGGUAAGCUGGCUGGGAUUUCUGGGAGUUGAAAUCCAAAACAUUUAGAGACUCAAAGUUUGGGAACCACUGGUCUGCAGAGACAUUGCUCAGAUGCGUUACUGGAGGCUUCUCUGUGUCCCCACAAGCUAGAGCUGAUGGAUGGGAGCUCACCCCAUCUUGCAGAUUUGAAACAGGUCAACAACCCAAUCUUCAAGUCAGCAGUCCAGCCGGCACAAGGGUUUAACCCAGGGGUCCUCGAACUUUUUAAGUUCACAGUCUCCCAGACUGUUGGGAAGCCGGACUAUGAUGAAAUAGUCCAAAAUUAGGGUUGUUGUUGUUGUGUGCCUUCAAGUCGUUUCUGACUUAGGUCAACUCCAAGUCUAAGGUUCAGGACAGGGGCCAGGUCAAUGACCUUGGAGGGCCGCAUCCGCCCCACGGGCCUUGGUUUGGGGACCCCUGGUUUAACCCAUUGCACCACCCUGGCUCCUAUGAUGCAGAGGACUAUGUGGGAUCAUUAGAAAAAGAGAAAAAAGUUCUAAACUGAGCCAGGCUGGAUCUCAUUGUGUCUGUCCGAACGAUGUUGUGACCUGUGCCUCGAUCUAAAGCCAAUAGUCUGAUGUGCAUUAAUCCAGAAGCAAGGGCUAGGUUUUUGUAACAUCAUGUAACACUAGAUAUAGGAAAACUGAGUGUAUGUUCAGGGUGACGUCAUUGGAAACAAAAUAAGUUCUUGGAUUUUUUGUAGGAAAGGAUAACGUUCUGGCCAUUCCAGGAAUGACAGCUGUUUUUUCACGUGUGCCAUGUGAAUUGAUCAUAAUAAGGAGGGAACAGCUGUAUAUAACAAGCUACUAAAACCAUGCUGUUCUUCCUCUCUGAACCCUCCCAGAGAAGCAGUAGGAACGCAGGCUGUUUUAAUUCUGAUUUUUUUUUUCUUUGCUUGAGCACAAAUUCUGCAGAACAGAUAUUUGCACCUCUCGGGGUGCGUGGGCUGGUGUAAUAAAGAGAGUCGGGAGGAAAAGGGCUCCUUGUACGCAUGUAUGGUUUCUGACUUUUCUAGCCCUUGUGAAACUCAGGAAUGUGCUGAAGUACCAAUGAUUAUACAUUUUGAUUCUACACAUUUGUCGACAUGGGUGGCAUAACCCCCAGGGAGAGAGAUCCAACUGAAGUGCCAGCUUCCCUUCUUUGUUGAAGUCCUGGUGACAGAAGUUUUGCUUGUGAAAAGCGAAUGGAUGCGGGUGUGUGAUGGAAACGGGGGAUCCCCUUGCCUUAGGAAAAAUGUCAGAAGCCUAGGCGAAACCUUCUAAUGUAAAGUGAUGUUAGAUUUCAGGGGUUGUUAAAGGAUUUAGGCUUAGAAAGUAAAUAUUUACCCUUAGGGGAUGAAAAGAUCCUGCCACUAUCAUUUGGCCAGCCUAGCUAUGUCAGCAUAAGAAAUGGCAUCAGUGGGUACUAGAAGAGUGGCUCAUCGUGAAAGCUGUCUGUCUGCCAAGAAACAAAGGCCAGCAUCCUAAAAUGUGCAAUAAGUGUGGGUUACGCAUUGGUAUAUCUCCAUUUGGGCAGCAUACAGGUGCUAGUCACUAUCCCUUUUGUGCACCAUCCAGAUCAGUGGUUCCCAAUCUGUGGUCUGUGGACCACCAGUGGUCCACAAGAACUAAAAUAUGGCCCGUGGCCUCACCUUUACUACGAUAGAUAACAACACAGCCCAACCAAAAUAAAUAUUUUGUGGUCUUCGUUUUUAUGUAUUUAUUUACAGUAGUUAUAUUCCGCCCUUCUCACCCCGAAGGGGACUCGGGGCGGAUCACACUAUGUACAUAUAGGGCAAACAUUCAAUGCCCAUAUACACAUAGAACCGAGACAGAGACAGACAGACGCAGAGGCAAUUUAACCUUCUCCUGAGGGGAUGCUCGAUUCUGGCCACAGGGGGGAGCAGCUGCUUCAUCAUCCACUCUGACGGCACUUCCUCAUUCCAACAUCGUAAAUUAAUUAAAUUUGCCUCCCCACUUUUUUAUAAGUGGUACCUUAUUUCCUACUUGAUAGAUGCAACUAUCUUUCGGGUUGCUAGGUCAGCAACAAGCAGGGGUUAUUUUUUAUUUUUAAUUGACAGGUGCUCACCCCGCCACGGGCUGGCCUUGAACUCAUAACCUCAUGGUCAGAGUGAUUUAUUGCAGCAGGCUGCGCCACAACCCGGCCUGUUCCUGGGAUUAUUUGGGGUGCUGCUUCAGAAAAUUGCAUUGGAUAAACCACAUGACUAAAUAUGGUUUUCUGUGGGCGAGCUGAUGGUGACUGCUGGAUGGUAUAUGUUCUGUAUCAGAAGCUAAAACUGAUGUGGUCUAUCCAAUGCAAUUUUCCAAAUCAGCACCCCAAAUAACCAAACCGAAUCUAAAGUUGACCCAAAAUGGAUUCGUAACCAACAUUUGGGACUAAUGUUGGAAAGUGGUCCCUGGUCAAAUAAAAGUUGGGAAACACUGAUCUAGAGCCUCUCUAUGGCAUUUAUCAAGCCCUAGGUGGGAAGGGAAAGUUCAGACAACGAAGAAGCAAUUGGACUAGACUCUAUGGGGAAAGGAAUGAGGGCUCACGCUAUGUAUGGGUGCACAUUCAUUUCUUUCCCCCUUUGGACCAAAGUGUCUGAAUGGCCACCUCCCUCCUUGUAAGCAGCAGUCGGUUCCUCCAGGUUGUCUGGACUAGGAAAAAGGCAUGGACCAGAGCGAGAAAUGCAUGGGCUGAACAUUGUGCUUCACCUGCUGCAUCUCAACUGAUAUUUCUCUGUGGCUCCUUUUCUGGUCUGCUUUCCCUCCUGAUACUGACAGCUUUCACUGCCAUUUCUCUACGGCCACUACGCAUCACCCCAAAAGUGCCUUAUGCUGACAUAACCAACACUUACGCUAGUGUAGGUCACCAACAGGAUUCUAUAUUCUUAUAUUUGAUUUCAUGACAGUAACCUCCAUUGGGCACAUUAUGAUUUGUAUCUGAACAUGCAUGGAUAAGAAGGUCGUUCUUUUAAAAAUAUGUUAUCUCUCAGUGCUGAACGUGAAGCCUUUUAAAGACUUUCCCUAAACAUGCCAUUCUGAAAAUCCAUGUGAAGCUUUCAUUUUAAAAGUGCUCGUUUUGUGCUGCAAGUAGUAGCUCUGCUUGUUGUUUUCUUUUACUCUCCCCACCGGAAAAAUCUAUGUGCGUUUGACAGGGUAAACGAAGCAACAUCGGCCCCCCUUCCUGUGGGAGGGGGCCUUUGUAUGUCCUUCUAGCCUUAUUUUUUGAAACUGCUUCGUGUUUCGUUUGCAAAGGUUCUUGCAGCUUUUGAGGGUUUAGCAGCCUCGCUGUGUUUAGCAACCCCAACUGGCACCGUUGGACCAAAUCUCUUCGGUGUUCUGGUUUGCUUAAAAUGCAGCCAGGCCACGCAAUGCCACCAGCAUCCCCAAGAGCAAUCCAUUCCAGGAAAGGGAGGAACCAAUGGGAUGUGCAAUCAUUUGGCAUUGCUAAUAAUGUACGUAUUCUUCGCGGUCCAGCAGGAUGAACGUCCUCCUUCUACCAAACAAAACUGUUGACCAGUUGGAAUGUACUUUCCAAUCUCCUUAUGUCUGAAAUCGUCACAGAAGAUGGAAACAAGGGUAUAUGUGAGUUCUUAUUCUUGAAGAAAUGUAUGUAAUUUUUCUCCCCAAAAAGGGCUUUAAGCAAGCACUUUGAUUCCUGGUGAAGAAUGUACUUUUUUCCCCACACACCUGAGGCUAUCUUCUUUUUUUGUAGACCACCGCUACACAAUACUCGGUGGUUGUUUCUGAACGUUUUGGUGCUUGGCUGCACCCGGAUGAAAGCGCCGCCAGCAUAUGUGGCCAAGAAGAAAAUCGAGAUGCCAUUAAACUUUGUAUAGUGUUGUGUAGAACUGCUCAGGAAAAAAAAUGAAACGAAAAGGAAGGGAAACAAAGUGGUCAGUGGUGGCUUAAUCUUUAUCUGAUUGUACUACAGUGUUGUCCAGGUUGCCAAACGCCUGCCAGCAGGAGAUUUGCACUUUGGUUUCCUUUCAAAGAACUGCCUCAGCCCCUUGCUAUGUUUCCCCCCUCUAUAGCAGAUACUAUUUUUUUCAAGUGCAACCAUACCAGACUCUGCUGGGUUUGCUUCUUAGCAAACAUGCUUAAGAUUGCACUGUAUAAUAGAAAAACAACCCUUAAUCUAGGCACCGUGUCCUUAAAAGUAUCAAUAUCCUCGUGCGGUAGGAAAUGCGUGGACUAUUUAUUCCUUUCCCCUCUAUUUUCCUUUUUAAAAAGUAACAUUUAUCUUUCCCUUCCCUUUUUUUGCAAGGCAGCUUCUCAUAAGAAUGUGUUUUCCUUGCUCUGCACCGAAGUGGAUUAGACAGACUUUUUUCUCCCGAGGCAUUUCCGUACAGCCAAGGUAAUAAUCUAAGUCGCCUACCUAUAUUUAGGAUCUUUCCAGAUCGGAGGCUCUUAACAGAACCAGAACGGUGGAGCGAUGCUGUCUUUCCCACCGUUGCUUUGUAGUUAGACAAAAAGGCAAAACAAAUGGUGGGGAAAUGAGGGAGGAGGCUGAAUAGAGGGCAACAGCACCCCUUGGCACCCCAUUGAAUUCUCUUUAAUGCAGGGCACUGGGACAAUAAAAAGCCUCAUCUGGAAACACUCUUAAUCUAGCUCUCUCUAUAUUUGUAUUAGUCUUAUCUUAUCGUGAGCUGUCACAAGACGAAAGCGUUUUAUUGACUCUUGUAUGUACCGAUUCAAAUUUAAAGCGCAGGGUGCAAGACCCUCUUUCGAAUUCCAUUUCUUGCCAUUGUACAGUAACUGGAAAUGCAUAGAGAGACUUUUUUAUAUUUCUGAAUGUUGUACUUUUUAACUCCUUGCAAGCUUGGAAAUAUACUAUCUAAAUGUCUUUUAAAAACCAAAA